AUGAAUAAUUUAUUGGUUAUCUUCCUAAUUACAUUAAAUGUAAUAAAUGCAUUUGAAUUGGAUGUUUAUAGAAUGGUAGGUAUUGAAUAAGAUCAAUUUUGGAGUGGAAGUAAGAUAGCAUCUUUCUAAUUACUCACAACUCAUUGGUCAGAAUUGUCAUCAAGAAAAGUGGCAUUAAUUAAAUUUUCAGAAAUAAAUCCUAAUUCAAUAUCUGAAUUACUUACAAAUAAACCAAAUGGUGUUUUGAUAAUUCUAGAUCAAAUAUCUUAAGAUAAUGAAUCAUAAAUUUGGGAUUUAAUCACAACUAAUUUGGGUAUUUAAUUUAUUAAAUGUAGGUCCUAAGGGAGCAACUAUCCCCAUUUAUUUCACUUAUGAAUCUGAGAAUAUUAAUAAUCAUUAUAAGGAAAUUCAAAGUGAAGCAGAAUAAGAAUAUUAAUUAUAGGUCACUAGUGUAGAUCAAAAAUAAGUGCUUACUUUAGAGGACUCUUAUGUAUAAUUAAUAUAUAAAAUAUUAGAAUUUAUUAGAAAGCAUAUCUAACUUUAAGUAAAACAAUCCAUCUACUCUAAUUGUGUUAGGAAUAGAUGAAUAAUUACCAUCAGCUGAAAUAACAAUACCAAUAGAUAGGUUUGGAAUUUAAUCAUCUAUCUUCUUUAAGAUUGCUAGAGAGUUUAAAUAUUAAUAAAGAUUGAAGUAUUAAUUAUUUAAUUAUAUUAGUCGAAAUAUCAUAUUUUAUAUUUCAACCUCUUCAACUUUAAAUGAAUAUGGACUUAAAUAAUUCUAUAAGAAAUAGGAAUACUAAAGAAUCCUAUCUACUAUAGACACGAUAAUAAUCUUUGAUUAAAUUAAAUAAAAUGAAAAACUAUAUGUUGAAGUUAGUCCUUAACUUUUAAAUUAAGUUUAAACAUUAUUGACUGAAUGUGAAGUAGCAAUUGAAGAAGCUGAAACUACAAAUAUUUAAAAUAAAGAAAUAGACACUAUCAGAAUAUAUACAUAAAAAUAACUCAAAAUAUUGACUCAAUAAAAUUAAACAUAAGUACAAGACAACUAAUAACAUAUAAUAAAUUUAGUUAGUUAAUUGAUUGAUGGAAAACCAUAUGAAUAAUAACAUUAAGAUUAAUUAUUUGAUGAAGCAUUAAGUUAAUUUAUUAAAACAUCUAAUAGACAUCCAGCAAAUUUAUAAAAAGACUCAAAAUUUAUGAUUGAUUUCAACUCUGUAAAUUUAUUUUAUUAUAAAAUAGUUAUUAAGAUAAUUAUUUAAACAUACAACUAAAAUGCAGUAUGUUGUUAAGGAUAGAAAAUUCUUUACAUCAUCUCAGUUAAAAGGACAAAUUAUUAAGUUUUAUUCAGCAUUUAUUGAUUUGUAUCUUAUCUUAGGAGUAGGUGCAUGGUUAGUCAUCAUUUAUGCAAUAGCAAAAGUAAAUAUAAUCUUUAAUUUAGUAUGUUCCAUUAUUUAGAAAUGAAUAGAAUGCUAAUAAAAAAAGAAAGUGAUUUAUUUAUCGAU